AAUUUAAACUCGCCGCGAAGGGAGAAAGGAAAGAAAAGGAAAGGAUUGAGAGGAGCAGCGGAGGCCAUGGCGAGAGGGAGCGUGUGGGAGAUCGGCGUGGAGGAUGUCGAGCGCGCCGGGCUGUCCCCGGGCGAGGCCCGGGCCUUCCACGCGGCGCUUCGGCGGGCGGCGGACGCGCAUCUGCGGAAGGGCGCCGAGGCGGAAAUAUGGCGGGCGGUGGCGGAGGGAGGUGUCCUGCGGCCGGACCACCCGCACGCCCUUCACCAGCUCGUCUACUACUCGAUAUACGCCACCUGGGACACCGCCACCAGGGGCCCGCCCCCUUAUUGGUUCCCAUCGCCGAUCUACUGUAAGCAUACAAAUAUUGGGCGAGUGUUGGAAAAUAAUGGCUUUAAGCUUUUAGGAUCAUCAUAUCGUGAUCCCAUUUCAAGCUUUGGCCUCUUUCAGAAGUUCUCGGCUAAUCAUCCAGAGGUCUAUUGGUCAAUUGUGGUGAAAGAGCUUUCGGUAAUAUUUCAUGAAGCUCCGAAAACUAUUCUUGAUACUUCAGACAAGUCUAAGCAUGGUGGAAAUUGGUUCCCUGGUGCAGUUUUAAAUAUAGCUGAAUGUUGUCUGCUACCAAUGCAUUCUCCGAAGAGAACAGAUGACAGUGUGGCUAUUGUGUGGCGGAAUGAAGGUUCCGAUGAUUCCCCAGUUAAUUAUAUGUCUCUAAAGGAGCUCCGCAAUCAAGUUAUGAUAGUUGCAAAUGCACUUGAUACAAUGUUUAGAAAGGGAGACGCAAUUGCCAUAGACAUGCCAAUGACAUGCACAGCAGUCAUCAUAUAUUUUGCAAUCAUCCUUGCUGGAUAUGUUGUUGUAUCAAUAGCUGAUAGCUUUACAGCAAAUGAAAUUGGCACUCGGAUGAAGAUAUCUAAAGCAAAAGGAAUAUUUACUCAGGAUUUCAUAGUUAGAGGAGGGAGAAAAUUUCCUCUGUACGGCCGUGUUAGAGAGGGAACCCCUUGUAAAGCUAUUGUGGUACCUGUGCUGGGAAAUGAUGUGGGAGUUCAACUAAGAAGUCAUGAUUUGUCAUGGAAAGAUUUUAUAUCACGUGCUGCUGGCCUUCCAAGCAGGCCAUAUAAUUAUUCUCCAAUUUAUCUGCCAGCCGAGAAUGUGACUAAUAUACUUUUUUCUUCAGGAACAACAGGAGAUCCAAAAGCUGUUCCAUGGACACAACUUUCUCCAAUAAGAUGUGCAGCUGAUUCAUGGGCACAUAUUGAUGUCCAAUCAGGAGAUAUUUGUUGCUGGCCAACAAAUUUGGGGUGGGUGAUGGGACCAGUUCUGUUGUAUUCAUGUUUUUUAACUGGUGCUACUCUGGCUCUUUAUCAUGGUUCCCCACUUGGACACGGCUUUGGCAAAUUUGUGCAGGAUGCAGCUGUAACUAUCUUAGGAACAGUACCAAGCCUAGUGAAAGCCUGGAAGAACAGCAAGUGCAUGGACGGACUUGAUUGGACCAAGAUCAGGGCAUUUGGUUCUACAGGGGAAGCCUCUGAUAAGGAUGAUGACCUAUGGCUUUCUUCACGAGCUUCUUAUAAACCAAUUGUUGAAUGCUGUGGUGGGACUGAACUUGCGUCAUCCUACAUUCAAGGAAGCCUGUUGCAGCCACAAGCUUUUGGAGCAUUCAGCACGCCAUCAAUGUCAACAGGGUUUGUUAUUUUUGAUGAACAUGGGAUCCCUUAUCCAGAUGAUCAACCUUGUGUUGGCGAAGUGGGUUUGUUUCCUGUAUACAUGGGCGCAACUGAUAGGUUACUCAAUGCUGAUCACAAGAAGGUUUAUUUUGAUGGAAUGCCAACUUACAAAGGAAUGAACCUUAGAAGGCAUGGAGAUAUAAUUCAAAGAACAAUUGGUGGUUAUUUCGUUGUACAAGGUAGGGCAGAUGAUACCAUGAAUCUAGGAGGCAUCAAGACAAGUUCAGUGGAGAUAGAAAGGGUGUGCAAUAGAGCUGAUGAAAGUGUGAUGGAGACAGCUGCAGUUAGCGUUAGGUCCAGCACUGGAGGACCUGAAAAGUUGGUUGUAUUGGCAGUACUGAAGGAUGGAUCAACCAAAGCUGAUCUCAAUCUUCUGAAAAUGAAGUUUCAGAAAGCCAUCCAGAACAACCUCAAUCCCCUAUUUAAGGUCAGUUUUGUCAAAGUUGUUCCAGAGUUCCCUCGGACGGCUUCAAACAAGCUACUCAGAAGAGUUCUAAGGGAUCAGCUGAAGCAGGAGAUUUCAUCUCGCAGCAAACUAUGACAGUACUAUAAAUUCUCAGAUGAACGGCGUUGUAGCUUUCUUCAUGAGCAUCAAAAUAGUUUCAGUAGCUGUCAUCUGUGAACAAUCUGCUAUUGCACUGGGCUCUCUGGUUUGAUUCCAUUAAUUAUAAUCAGAUAGGGGCCAGCCUUGUUCUUUACAUGUCCAAUGAAUAAGUAUCCAGCAAAAUCUGGAGAUCGUGCAUUGAAAUCACUUGGCCUUCAUGUUGUUCAUCUGUACAGCAUGGCUAUAGAAUGACUCUAAAAUGGAUUAUGCUCAUUUUUUAGUCUA